UAGGAGCCUCUUUCGCCGAUAGUUGUGGGUUUCCGUACCAGAUGGAAGCACCGUCGAGUCGGUAACGAAAGAAUCGUUUCCAAGGAGAACGGCGGGUGUCCGGUAUCCGCCGGGGAUUGCGAAAGAGGUUUACGCGCUUCUUCGCCGCCCCGAGUCAUCGACGACGUUUACGAUCGAAGAAAAAACAAACGAAAGUAGUUAAUCGAUAAGAGAGAUCGCUGCAACGGACGCUGCGCGGACACCCGGCUUAUCGCUGGCAGAUAAGGUUCGACGUCGCGCUCUUCCCCUCCGGGAAGCGCCUUUCCUUUUCUUUUAACCUUUUCCGUCCGAGAUCCCGUCGGGUUUAAAAUGGCCGUCGAUUCCGUCCGUCCUGCCUCCAAACGCCCGCUGUUACGUCUUUUCAGCGGAAGGGACGAAUCCGUCAAGUGCCAGGCACCACCCCGAGCCUCCCUCUACGAAGAACUGAUGUCCCAACGCGCGCUGAGUUAUCUGUGUACCGCUUCGGCGCUGGCAAUUAUUUGCCGCAUCCUGCCUCUCCUGUCUCGAGCCGUGUCCGGAAUCGGCGGCGUCCUCCUCUUCCUGUACCUGGCUCACCUGCUGGCCCAAUUCGUUCUUUUCUACUUCAAGAAGACCCGAGUGGACGUCGGAGAUAAAGCCGUCCUCAUCACUGGUUGCGACACCGGAUUCGGCAACAAACUGGCCAGACGUCUGACCGAAGACGGCGUUUUCGUUUAUGCCGGUUGCUUGUAUCCCGACGGUAGCGAGGCCAAGAAGCUGUCGGAGGAUUGCGGUUCCAGGCUCAAGGUGCUGAAAAUGGACGUGACCCGGGCCGACGACGUAGACCGCGCCUUUCGAGAGUUGGAGCGCACGUUGAACGGAAAAGGUCCGAAAGUUCUAUGGGGCGUGGUAUGUAAUGCGGGAAGAUCUGUUCUGUCGGAAAUCGAAUGGUGCGAUAUACAGACCUUUCGAGAAAUGAUAGAAGUUAACGUUCUGGGAAACGUGCGCGUCACCAAGGCCUUCCUUCCGCUGCUGAGAAAAUCCAAGGGUAGAGUCGUUUUCGUCACCAGCGUGGCAGGGCACUUUACGUAUCCCGGUUUCGUCGGUUACAGUAUGAGCAAACACGCCAUGGUUUCCUUCGCCGACGGGUUAAGAAGAGAAAUGAAGAAAUGGGGAGUGAAAGUGAUUACAGUGGAACCGGGUUUAUACAGGACGAGAAUGACCACAGAAGACGCAGUUAACAAAGGUUUAGAUAAUAACUGGCAGAAAACACCCGAUAUAGUGAAGGAAUCUUACGGCCAAGACUAUUUCGAGGCUUUCAGAAAAUCUCUGUUAAAAGCGCAACAGACAGCCAGAACGAACAUUUUAGAGGUCAUAGAAACAUUACAAGAGGCCGUUUUAGUGGAAAAUCCAAACUACACUUACAGAUGCGCGGGUAUCAAAGAUCUAAUCAGGUUUUGGUUCAUGAGUAUUUUGCCUACUCCCGUUAUGGAUAUUCUCUUUUGCCUUAUUUUACAACCCAAUACCCCUCUUGAGAGUAUUAAUAAAAGCGUUUAAUUAUCCGCGCGAGAAAUUACUUUUUAUUAAAAGAUAUUUGAAUUUAAACUUUA